AAAGUUAACCUUUGCCUUCAAAACUGAAGAUAUUGCAUGCAGGAGUCAUUGUUUAAAAUGUUGCAAGUAACACCCAUUUCUAAUUAGUUUAUGUAAGUUUCAUUUGAUACAGACUAAAUUUUUAUUCUUUCAAUGUUUUUAUGAAUAAUUAAAUUAAUUUGCACAUGACUUGGUAAUUUAUCAUAUUUCUACUGCUCAAUUUUAUAUCAAUACUUAUGUAAUUUUCCGGAGAUAUUUAUUUUGAACAUUUUCUCGAUGUUUUGUAAUUGUGUUGUAUUUUGAAACAUUGAAACAUGCAUGAAUUAGGAGAAUUGGUGGUCUAUUGGUCUCUAUCCCAAGACUUGUAUGUUCAGUACAUUUCGUUAAUGUCCCUUCUAAAGUGAGGUAUAACCUAUGAAUACAUCAUCUACAUUAUUUAGGAAUUGCAUUAUGGUGUUGGCUUUUAUGGUGGUGGUACUAUAGAGCUUUUAUGGUGGUAGUGGUGUUGGUGAAGAUGUAAUGUAUGUGCACAUUAGAAAUUUAUUUUAUUUAUUUGUGUAUUUGUUUCAACAAUGAUAAAUAACUUCUAUGUGAAGUUAAGAGUAGAUUCUACGUUUAUUGCCUAAUAUCAAAUAACACCAUCUUAGUAGUUGCUUUGUGGAUCAAGGGAAACUGGACCAGAAACCCUGAUUGAAAUGGGGUACAUUGACCCAAAUUACAAUGAAUAAUCCCUUGAAAAUAAAGUAACAUCUAAAUUUCAAUAUUGAAGAUUGCACUUUUUUGUAAAAGUAUUUUUAAAUUGAUUUUGGUUUAAUAGCUUCAUUUUAGAUUAAUGUUACCCAUGUAUGUCUGAUAAUUUAAUCAGCUCGAAUUUUGACUAGUCAGAGGAAGAAGAGUAAUUUGUAAUAAAGAAAUAUUUCCAUGAAGAUUAGUGAUAUCUUGUUACUGUGAAUUAAUAUAAAGAAACAAAAAGACAUUUUGAGGUGACUAUGGUGUAGCAGUGAGGCUAUUUAUCUUCUGUGGUAGGAAUCAAGGGUUCAAUUCCCUGUUAAUGAAUAUGAAAUUUGUGGUGGACUGAGUGAAAACAUUGCUUCAUCAUCAUUCAUUAUUUCAAAAACACCUGCCUAAGAAUUCAUCUUGUUCAUCCCACAGUAGGCUAACACCUUGAAUUAGAAUCAAUAUAGUGGUGAAAUUGUCGGUUUGGUGAUGGUGAUUCUGAUAUUCCCUCAAGAAUUGACAAAAAGAAAUUAUGAAAUUUAUUUAUUCCAAUUAUGAUAAUGCUUUUUGUUGAAGCUUGAGACCACAAUCAAUAGUUAUAGAAUCUAGCUGAUUAAUUCUUAUGAUUACAUGAUGAAUGAAAUGUUAAUAGUAUUUAUAAAUACUUCUUUGUGUUUUUAUUGCUAUUAACUGUUGUGAGUUGCUUUUGAGAGGUGUGUGAGGGGCAAUUUCUAGCUCUUGGUAUAUGUUGCAAUAAUGUGCUCCAACCUCUUCUCCAGUCUCUAUUUUCUUUUGAUCAUUUCAAUUCCUGUUUAUUUUGUGAUUUUCAAAGCGUUUUGUAAUUAUUUGACAAAUUUGCUUCAAGUAUUUGCUACUAGAGGCAGUUCACCUGGGAUAUUUAUUAGUUAAUGUUGUUACUGUUAUGUUUCUAGAUGCAUGAGAGUAAUUUGCUUGUAGCUUCUAUUUCAUAUUUCACGAUGCGUUAAAAUUACAUUUAUUUUUAUGCUUCAUUUCAAUGUUUCAAGCUCAUGGCAAUUUUCUUUGUCACUGUGUGCUCAUGGCAAUUUUAUUCAAGGAGACCAGUUGCUUUCAAAUAUUAAGCUCAAAACAUACAGUUUAACCUUUAAGUGGUAACACCUUACUCUCAGACUGUACUGCUCUUUUUUGUUAAUUUGACUCUCUUUAUUUCAUUGGUGCUGUAAAGAGACAAUUUGCACUGAAUACUAGAGCGGAUUGCAUGUAGUGUCAUUGAUCAAGAGCCUUAAAAUGUUGAAAGUUAUACAAGGCAACAGCGUUGUUCCUCAUUUAUCUUUUCUGAAAAUGUCAGCAAAUGCAAAUUAUUGAUGGAUUGCCCUAUCUCACAAAGUCAAAGUCAACAGGACUCAAGGACUCAGGAUUGCCCUAUCAACAAAGUCAAAAGGACUCAAGAGUCAGGGUUGAAUUUUUCCAAUGAGACAAAAUGCGAUUAAAUACCAUUGAUCAGAUGGCACACCUGAAUUCUGGUAUGUCUGUCUCUACUACAAUGUCUCAACACAUGCCUGCUUCAAUGUGCUUGACUUUGCAGCUAUAAAUUCCUUUAUCAUCCGCAAAUAAUGAACAGGAAACAAAAUUCAAAAAAGAUUUAUUUUUCUACCAUUGUGAAGAACUGCCUGCAUACAUAAUUUGUUUCCCCUAGAAGAAUGAAAGAAAGCACUUGUUAUUGACGAAGAAUUCAAUGUAAGACAUUGAAAAAACACUCAAGAAUAAAAAUGCAGAAUUUGAAAUACUUGCAAGUACAGUGCAGAGAUUGUGACCAAACAGCGCAGAUACUGGAUCGCAUGAAGCCCGAUCGCAUGACGGCUUCAAAACCGGAGGAAGAUCGGAGGCGCCGCACCAUCAUCGUCGAGAAGAAGAAUGGAUCGUUCGGCUUUACGCUGCAGAGUUAUGGAAUACACUACAAGAAAGAACAGGAGAUAGAAAUGAUAACUUAUGUUGAUUAUGUCGACUACGAUGGCGCUGCUUUUAGGGCAGGUAUGCGGGAAGGUGACGUAAUUUUAUCCAUAAAUGGGCAUGAUAUGGAAAAAGCUGAUCACAAGACACUUGUCAACUUCAUAAAAAAUUGUGAUUCAAGAAUGCGUAUGGUUGUCCUGUUUGAAGAUUGUGUUAGGAAGGUCGAACUCCACAUGCGGUAUAUCCAGCUGCAGCGCGUUUUACAGGGUAAAAUGGUGGAACUAGAGCGCUUAUGUUUACGUGAAAGAGAACUCCUCCAAGGCAAAUGGAAAACCCACAGCCUUCCAGCUCGAAAGAAAACAUCGGCUGUUACUCCGCAUUCCUCCACGCCUCUUGAAGACAAUUGCGAAUAUGGAUAUUGCAGGCCAACUGUCUCCACGGAAGAUGUUGCUCGUGUGCAACAAAGCAGACAAUCGCAGGUCAUGUUUGCUUACCAGUAUUUGGAACCUGGAUAUUAUUCCCUGCAGAAACCACCUGACAGUAACAAUGGAAAAUUCAUGAAGAGCUGGUCUGGGCAAGACAUUCCUGCACAUACUCCACAUAGAGCACAAAACUGUGAAGAAGUUGCUUCACAUAGUACAAAAUUAUGUGAUGCCUCAAACAGACAAAAUACAACAAAGGGUUACCAUCAAACAAAUGGAAUGGCUGCAGCAAGUUCUGGAUUCAAAUGUUCAAAGACCCGAAACCAACACCAAGAAUCUGGUCAGAGUCAUUCAACUUCAAACUCACUUUGUAGUCCAUGCGUCCAAACAAGUCAAGAUAGCUCUAGUUUGGAAGCCUACGACUUGGCUAGUCCCUGCUGUGAUCCUCACUGUGUACCUUCAGCACGGCGGCGUUCUCGUCAUAGCAAAGAAGCUCGAAACGUCCAUGGAAAUCGUUCUUCAAAAAAUGGAUCUGAAACUAGAGGUUGGAAAGAGAACGGCGUACGAAGUGGGCAAAAUGUGUCUUCCCAGACAGACAAUUGUCAGAUGGCAGCUCACCCCGCGCAGCCUCCGCACCCCCGAGUGCAUCGCUACUUCAAUUUCGGCGCCGGGCUCGUGAGCCAGUGCAGUUUGCACUCCUGUACCUCCAGCGAACUAAGCUGCACCGCCCCCGGGGGCGCGGGAUGCGAGAGCAGUGCUGCGUCCUACUCCACGUCUCUUAGCACAGAUACCUUGUAUUGGGAUCCAUCCACUGAACGUGGAGAAUACAGGAAUCCCUUGCAUGAUUAGUAAGAAUGUCUUCUUAAUGGUUCAACAUGAAGAUAUUGUGAUGUCUGUGGAUACUACUUUAAAUCACUGAAAAUUCGUAAUAUUGGCAAUCAAAUGGUUCAGGUGGGGCAGAAUGUAAAAUGUGAAAUUGAGGCUUGAUACUGGCUUAAUCGGAUGAUUUCUCAAUUUUGUGUUAAUUGACCGAAGAAACUUGACCCAAAUUAUGACAAUAUGAGUAUAUAUUUUGUCUUUUGAAAAACUUGUAUUAAAUCGAAAUCUCCUGCAAGGGGUAAUCUCGCCCCCUCGCACACCUAUUUUGAACAAUAAAUUUUGAAUGUCGAUGCCUCCCCGCAUUGGCGUUUUAAAUUUCACCAUAACGAUACGAGGAACAGUUUUUGAUACACUAUAAUUUAUUGGUUUUUACUUAUUGAAAAUUCGUGUGAAGAAAUUAGCAUUUUUAUCACAGGAUGUUCAAAUAAAACAUACAUCAAAUUAUAUUUCUCGUACUUUGUCUGUGUGCAUAGUUAGAAUUUAUUCUCCCAUAUCAGACCUUUUUGUUAUUCUUCUUUAGAUCAUCCCUUAGAAUUUGAUAUAAUAAUAUGAAUCAUUUAAUGAUAUGCCCUUUUGUCAUUCCCUGAUUCCACCAACGACUGUCUUUGGAAUGUAUCAUAGCAGGCAUGCCAGAAUUACAUGCUCAUGUUUGCAGGGAUACAUUGACUAUACAUGUAGUAUCGUUCGCAACAUAAUGGCUUUAAUUCUCUCUGGUUCGAGCUGCUUCACGCGACCUGGUUUCUUGUACGAGUUUGGAUAAUUCCAGAAAUCCAUAACAUCAUGGCUUCGACCCUUGGGAUUUAGUUAUCUCAAACUGUGAUAAGUUGCCAGCCAUGUCGGAAUGAGCUGUACGGAACAAUAGACCAUUGUUGGGUGCAGUACGCAUGUACUGAAAUUGCUGUCUAUUCCAGCGAUGUUAAAACUUGCUUGUUAACUGUGAAGUAAGAAGUUUUUGUUUCUUUUAGGUCUUGCGGGUUUAAAAUCGCACACGAAGUGUAGGGUAUAGCGUUGUUUACAAGCUUGACGACACAAUGUUUUGCAAUUGGUCACCCUUUUUCAAGUCCACUAAAGAGAUAUAUACUACAACCAACUCAAUCACAAAAACCGCACGAAUGUAAGAUAAAAUAUCAUAGUUAUUGUAAUUAUUUUAAAAUGGUUAUGGUGGGAUGUAUAGUUCUGAUAGAUUUGUUAUGCAUAGAUACACUUCUAUUUUAAUUUUAUAAUAUAAAUAUUAAAAUUAUCAAUUUAUUUAUGUAAUGUGCAGAAUUUAUUGGUCGCCGAAAAACCGGAAAGAGCCGAGGCCCAGGGAGGCGAGGCGUCUGUUCUGAGCGAAGUGCUGCAUCAGCCCACGUGCUGAGAUCCGGGCCACUUCCGCCGCAGGUCCAUAAUCGUGAGAAGAUGCUUCAAGUGGCGUCUAUCGAUCGGGUCGAAUGCGUUCUUGGCUCUCCCAGAACAUAUUUUGAUUUACUCUUUGAAGCAAAGCACGCGAGAUUGCGAAGAUUUUCUCUUUAGUCGGACGGCCAAGCUGUAUCUCCGAAUGAGAGUUUCUUGUGUUUCACGAUAUAUUUCUUAACAAGCUUUUAAUAUUAAUAUGGUCGACAGUUGGGAAAUUUCGGCGCUCGGAAAUUUAGUAACAAACGUCUUAGGGCGUUUAUUGGCAUACCUACAUACAACGAAUGUCAGGUUCUCAGCUGAAAAUAAAUUGUUCAUCACUUCUGUUCUCUUCAAGCGCUCUCGGGGCACUGCGUUAUCAGGAUUACGGCUUUUAUAAUGACAUGCCGCGCCGGCCGCGAAUUGCGGGUUGGUUGCACAGUCCUUGGCCGGCGUAGGUUUGAGUCACCGCUUCGUCAUCAUUGGCGAAAGAUAAGUUGUCCGCCCUCUGCUGUCUCGUUUUGAAAAAUUCGCGCAUGUUAAUAUCUUCAAGUAUAUGAUGACAAGGUGUUAAUACUUUUUAACUCCAAAACUACUAAAAAACAUAGCCUGCUCAUCCCGUAGUGCACUGCUCUAGGUGGAUCUGGUGUGAGAUGUCUCUUGUUAAACGGCUUGUAUAUUAUUUCCCUCAGUGUCACAGACGUGGAAUAGGCAACACCUACCAUAUCGUCUGGUUCGAAAAGGUCUUGGAGCUUCGAAAUUCUUUUCGUCUUCAUUAUUAUGUGGCAUUCGCUGGAUGGUGUUCUCUUUUUAAACCAGUAAUCUAUGACCAAUUACUCUUAUCGACAUUUUUUCGCGUUCCACCAGUUAAUAUAUUUUCAGUACGAAGAAAAGUGGGUCAGUUAAGCAUAGUUCAAGUAAGGUGACUAUGCGGUAGAUCUCUUAGGGUGAAAAUUGGCAUCAUCUGAAGUCUUCCGAAAUUGCUGACCUCCAUUGUCCCUUGAAUCAUGUUGCUUUGAAGUUGCCGGGUACAACUCGGUUGCGUGUUGAAGGUACAGUUUUUAGUUCGGUCUCUUAUGGCGGUAAUUAUGCGUAAUGUAACGCUGACCUCUUUCAUAAAAUAUGUUAAAGUUGACAAGGUUCAUGGCAACGAAAUAAAAAAACACAAUUUAACUUUCCAAAACAAGUAUAAGUAAAUUAGCAAGUAUUAUAACCGGACCGUGUACCUUCGGACUCGGUGCGAUGCCUAGCCGGAGAAUGUGUCAACAUGGCUGUAUCUGUUUAAACAACCGUUCUAGUUCCAUUGCAUUUAAUUCUUCGGAUUUAAACCAUAUCUUGUGAAUAUAUGCCGAUUUUGUUAUUGUACAACGAUCUUUGUUAUGAAAAAUUGUGUUCAUGAUUACUGAAAGGAAUUUGUAAUUUGAAAAGUAUCUCAAAGGUAUGUUGCUUCAUCGAAAACAAAAUAUUAUAAAAACGUAAGACAUCCUAAUCCUCGGAUCUAGCGUAAAAGUAGCUGCCUUCGCGCUAGUGCAUGCAGCUUGAAAACCUCUUGUGUUUGCCUCGUAUAAAUUGUGAAAUCAUCCUUCUGAAUUGAGUCUCUCUUAAAAACCUGGUAGAACAUUGAGAAGUGCUCCUGGGAGGUAAGCCCGUUUGACUCACAUGAGAGCAGGAUGGAGCACACGUCUUUCUUUCUUGGCUGCUUUCAUUGAAGAGAAUGACCGGACCUUAUCCCUUCACCUGCCUCCGUUGAGAAUUGAUUUCGAAGGCCGCGUGAAUCAGAGAACGAAAGCGAAGAACAGACGGCAAUCCGCGGGAACAGGGGCAUGUGGGGUUUUGAAUAUGCCUAUGUAAGUGAACUUUCGUGACAAUGGCCUUUUAAAUUUCGUGGUUUCUUCCUAAAUUUGUUUCUGUGAAGGAACAGGUUUCAAAUUUCUUCUUAAACACAAUAUUGUGCACAACGAAAGUGUGGGAAUAACCAUGCGAUGAUUAUUAGUUUGUGGGAGAAGAAUUUGCGGAGAUGUUUGAUUUGCAAGAGAUAUUAAGGAUUCCCUUUGAACUAUUUUUAAAGCAAUUGUCCAAUAUAUCGUUCAUGGGUUCCAAUAGUGCCGCAGCUCCAAAACUCAUGUGUUGAGAUAAAGGAGUUUGAAGUUUUCAUUAAAAUUCAUCAUUCUUGCUUUCACACUGCUGCCAUUUGUUGGUAGAAUACUGAACUGUAAGUUAUGCUGCUGAAAGGUAGACCAAUCUGCAAUUCUGGAGAGUGCAUUAAUUCAAAAUAUGUAUUUUUUGAGUAGUGCCACUAUUGCAGUCCUAGAGCGAAAUGCCUUGACAUGACUUUAUUGUACCUUAGUUCCUCUUAACUUCUCCGGAAUCCCCCCCCGUUUCUCCCCCCGCCCCUCCCCAACCCCUCCCCAACCUAACUAUCUCGUCUCACCAAGUAUUGUAGCAUAAAGAUUCUUCUUCGAAAUUAUGCGUUGAGGAGACUCAAUGAAUCGCAGAAAAUCUUCUUGAACUUUACUAAACUUCUAUUAAAUAUUGAUGAACAUUUUUUAAAUUAUAAAAAUGUUGAUUUCUUCACAUGUUUACUCAAAUAUAUCAUAGCCUAACCUUCUAUUCUCACAGAAAAAACUUCAAGAAUAAAUUUAUGUUAAAUGUUUAAUUUCCGAAAAUUCUUCUUUGCUUUAUGAAACUAUGUAAUCAUUGGGGACAAGAAAAACAAAUUUGUAUGAAAGAUUUUUUCACUUGAAUAAUUAAAAGAAAAAGAAAAUGUGAUAUUUUGUUCAACAAUAUUAAUAUAUAAUAUUAGAAAAUUUUAAAUACAAUAAAAUAUUUUAUAAUAUAAGGUGAUUGCCAUUGCAUGAUUUUCUUUAAGUUUUCUGUGAUUAAAAACAUGUAUCAUAUAUUUCUUGGAAUAAAUAACAGAAGUGUACAAGUGAAAGAAGAUAAUAUAUGAACUUUCAUAUGUUUGAAAUAUGUUUUAUUCAGAUAGUAUUCAUUGGAAUGUCAUAAUUUUAUUUUAUUUUCAUGGAAGACAAUGGUGCAAUGAGUGCAGUGAGUGCAAUUUAUUGUUUAAUAUAUUAUGAUUAUAUGAAAUUAAUAUAUCAUGUGUAAAUGUAUGGUAUGAAAAUGUGUACAUAGCCUUGUAAAAUUUUAUGUACAUUUUAUAUUUUUUAGUGGUAAUUUGAAUAACUUUUAUGCUUAGUCACAACUUAUCAAGUCUGAAAAAACACUGCAAAAUUGACAUACUAAUAUCACUGAUUAAAAUGUAAAAAAAUGUACAUAAAGGAACACAUUUAACUAUAAUAUAUGGUAGAUAUUUAAAAUGUUAUUUAAAGUUACCUUGAAAUGUGAAAAUGAUCUGAACUAUUAUUACUGUAUGCUUGUUAUAAAGUAUAUGUUUUUGUACACCAUAGUAUUUUUCUUUAUAUGUUAUUACAUUAAUAUAUUAAUAAAAUGUACUAGUCUUGACAUUCAGUAUAAUACAUAUUGUAACAAUUGUUAUGGUGUAUUGAAUACAACACACAUCAUUGUCAAUAAAUGGAAAUAAAUUUGAGAAGUAUGAUAAUUGAUCAUAGUUCAAAUUUAUUUUCCCUAAAUCAAUUACCAUUGCCCAGCAUUAGGUCUUGGUGGGAAUUAAUGUUAUGGUAUCAGGUGAUAAUAUUCAGGUACUGGGGAACAACAAGACUUACUCAUGGGGAGGAGUUCCAAAAAAAAAAAAAAAAUAGAAAAAAUGUAAUGCCAAAUGAA